AUGAGAAGCUGGUCGGUCAAUAUCGGCACAGCUGCUGACAAAGAAAACGAUUCGGAUCAAAAAGAUGUGACAUGGGCUGUCAAAUGCCCACUUAUUCCCAACACCGUAAAUGGCCUAUCACGUUCAAAGUCGCUACGAAAGGAUCUAUCACAUCCGAUUAGCAGCCAAGGACGAGAGAUCAUUCUACAGUGUUUCGAGAAUCCACACUCUGAAUUCGGCAAUAAGGUUUUGCAACGGAUUUUUGAGAAAAGAGCUGACUAUCAGAAAUAUGUUUACACGUUGGGCAAGGAACGAGCCUAUCAAAUGAGCAUUCGACUCAAGGACCUCGUUGAAGAGGUCGUAUCAAAGAUAUUCGACCCCGAUCAUAUCUGUUCAGUAUCGCGAACCUAUGGUGAAGAACAUGUGGAGUUAAAGGCAUACGGUUUCAAGCCUGACUUCUGGGUAACUAUAGCCGAUGCUAUCACCGUCGAGGGUGUUAUACUGGACAUGGCCAACCAUCAGGUUCGUUUCCACACUGUUACUCACCCAUACACCUGA